CAGAAGUGUAGCUGGACAUAUAGUUUGCAGGAUCCGCCUGGAUGUUGACCUUUAAACAUCUUUGAAUGUGUCAUAUCUUCUUUACAGUGCUCAUAUACAAACCGUGCCAAACAAUUGGCUUUUAUUUGAAUGUUCUUGAUGAAAACAAACCAAAAAAAAGUUGUUUUCGUAAAUUUUACGCACAGCAAGUGUGGGGAGCUGCAUUCCGUCACAGGUAGAACGAGGUGACACGCUGCGAGUGAUGCACAAAACGUCAUGGGGACGGGGUUUAACACUCAUUUCCAUGAUUGUGACUUCUCUUACACGUCUCCUUCGACCAAUCGUGGCUCAGCGGCGGAGCGACACACCUGUAUAAAAGCAGACUCCAGUUCACUGAGCUGGGAUGAAGCGCUGAGACGCUUGUUGACGGUGGCGCCUGUGCUGCGCAGUAGAAAGGCAGGUGAGAGGGCAGGUUGUUAACUUUGAAGAUGGAGGAUUUAUUUAACCACAGUGCAGCGUCGAACCUAAGUUCACCUGGUGAUGACGAGUUCAGUUUCGAAGACAUCGAUGUGAGCGCAGACGGCGCCUUCGUCCUGAGGAUCCUCAUCUCCGUGGUGUACUCUGUAGUUUGCGCGGUGGGUCUGGUGGGAAACCUGCUCGUGUUUUUCCUCAUGAGAAUACGACAAGGACGAAAGCGGUCCACCAUCAAUUUCUUCAUCAUCAACUUGGCAGUGACGGACUUCCAGUUCGUGCUCACCCUGCCCUUCUGGGCCGUGGACACCGCGCUGGACUUCAGCUGGCCGUUUGGAGACGCCAUGUGCAAGAUCAUCCUGUCGGUCACCGUGAUGAACAUGUACGCCAGCGUGUUUUUCCUCACCGCCAUGAGUGUGACCCGCUACCUGUCCGUCGCCUCGGCCCUGAAGAAGAAAGCGUGCAGGAGGUCGCGGUGUGUGAAGUGGGUGUGCGCGGUGCUGUGGGUGGCGGCGACGGUGGCCACGGCUCCGACCGCUGUCUUCUCCACCGUGACUGUGGUCGCCGGUGAAAAACUCUGCCUCCUCAGGUUCCCCGAGGGGCACGACUGGCUGGCCCUCUAUCACGUCCAGAAAAUACUCAUCGCCUUCAUCAUCCCCAUGCUCAUCGUGUGCGUGAAUUAUCUGAUGCUCCUGCGCUUCGUGAGACGGAGGAGCAUGGGCGGCAGCAACCCCAACCGGAGGUCCAGAGUCACCAAAUCUGUCGCCAUAGUGGUUUUGUCGUUCUUCUUCUGCUGGAUGCCAAAUCACGCCAUCACCUUCUGGGGUGUCCUGGUCAAAUUCAACGCAGUCAACUGGGACAAAUCUUACUACAUGGUGCACACCUACGUGUUCCCGGUUACCGUGUGCCUGGCGCACGCUAAUAGCUGCCUGAACCCGGCGCUUUACUGCCUGAUGAGGCCAGAGAUAAGGAAGAUGCUCAGCGGAUUGUUUUGGAGGGUCUCCACUCCAUCCACCACCAAGGGCUGCGCGACGCGCUCUUUUACGCACGGAGAAACGCAGGUAGUCGUGCCGCUCCAGAUUAUAGACACUGGAGAGUACACGCUGUCUAUCAUAGACCGUAAAGGCUUAUCCAGCUCCAAAAUGAUCCCGUACACCCGGUAACACCAGCGUGGCGAGAAAUCCUCUUUUUAACGCUCUGUGUGGCUCUCACUUCUCACGCGUAAAGCUCUCGCCUGUGUCGCAAAUGUCAUUAUCUGUAAGGACACACAGUUCAGGUGCACUUUAUCAUGUGGCGGCCAUCAUGUGACAUUUAUUCAGUUCCCAAAGCUGUCACAAUAUUACCUCAAGUGAUGAAACCAGUUUCCUUGCUCUCCCUCAGAUGCGCCGGGCAGCGGCAGCUGUAUUCGCCCCCUGUAAGAUCAGACUUGUAGAUAUCUUUGACUUGACUUGAGGGCGAAGAUGGACCAAGGAAAAUGGGAACAGAGGCACAGAAACAUACGAGACACAACGCCUAAAGAAUCGGACUCAAAGCGGGAUAUUCUCGGACAAAGGACACCCAACAAAACUGGGAUUCGUGCUGUAAACGAACUGAUAACGUUUCCCGUCUGUAAAUCUGUAAAUGAGGUAGUGAAGUGGUUGAUUUGUUUCUCUUUCCGUCAGCUGCUUUUAUUCAUGAUCCCCUGCUUUCAGUCAUAGAAUUUUGCCUUUAACACCUCAAAGAUGUCCUCUUCAGUCCUCACCGAUUCUCUCAGUGGAGUUAACCUUUGUUCUGUAUUGUGCGUGCAAAGAAUGUCACCACCCAAAACCGUCUAAGCUGUAUGAAGAAAAAAAAAAAAAAAAAA